UAUAAUUCUAUCUGCACAUGGCAACUGUUGCCAAGGGUCCAAACUCAAGUAACUGCCGACUGUUUAUGUUAGCUUAAAGAUCCAGCUGACUUUACCCCGCAGCAAAACUGGACCACUAGCGUGCGCACGGUGGAAGAAAGGCUGCGCUGAUAGGAGUUUUCCCCGCUUUGUUUUGUCUCGUUGGACUUGGAGCUGGAUGAAACGAUGCCAUCUAUAUGCUGGGUAGAGCUCUGCAGUAACGGCCAAGCAGCAGUUAGACGGGAGGGACGACGAGACAAAGAAAAGCAGGAAACAGAGGUUCCCUGCAGCAAUAAUGAGUCUGCAGCAAGCCAGAGGCAGAGGGAGCCUGGAACAGAACAUUUGUCACCUGACUGUCAUGCCAUGCAGGAAGUGACAUCAGAAGGUGCAUCUGACCAAGCCCAGAGGGAGGAGACUGUGACUCAGGAGAAGAGAAUUGGAUUUUACAACUUAUCCGUCAAGAAGAAAAGACAACAUGGAGGGAAAGUCCCGGGUACACGCGUCAUCGACCAUCACCUCCAGAGGUCCAAACCCGUGUUGACUGCUGGCAGAGAGAGGCACGUGGAGGAGCCUCUUGGGCCUGGACCUUUUUACUACUUUGGAGGGGAAAAUGGAAAAGAGAUAGUGAGCAACUACUGCAAGUGCAAAGGAUGGAAGAGAAUCUAUGACAGCCAGAGGGAAGAUUUUAAGCUGAAGUGGUGCGAGAGCAACUCAGCAGCUGCUUACAAGAAUCUCAGAGAAGGUCAACAGCUGAUGUUCCAGAUUCCAAACAACAAGGUGCUCACCUCUAAGAGCGGCCUCAUCAGCAGCCUGCAGGAAUACGAACGAGUGUGCAGCAAAGUCAAAUACAGCAAUGGGAACAAGAGGCUCAAAUUGGAAGAUUUCAUCCCCACCACCUUCCGCACUGAUGUGAGAAAGGAAAGGGAACUUUUCUUUUCCCAUUUUGCCCAGCAGGAAGGUGAGAAGGAGGAUCGCAUGUGGAUCUGUAAGCCCACAGAUAAGAACCGGGGAAGAGGGAUCACCCUUCUGAGGGGCCAGGAGGACGUGGAUGCCCUCAGACUGAAAAUACAAGAGCUGGAGGAAAAGCCCACCAAGAGGGUGAUUCCCCACCAGGAGCAGGCUUACGUCGUCCAGCAUUACAUCCUGAACCCUCUGCUGCUAAACGGCAGAAAGUUUGACGUGCGCUCUUACCUACUGAUUGCCUGCACGGCUCCUUUCAUGGUUUUCUUUCAUCACGGAUACGUGCGCCUCACUUGUGAUGUUUAUGAUCCAAAGUCCAAAGACCUCUCCACUCACCUCACCAACCAGUACAUACAGAAGAAACACCCCCUCUACAGCGUGCAGAAGGAGGACACUGUGUGGUCCAUGGAGAAGUUCAAUGCCUACGUCAACUACAAGUUCCAGGUUGCCAAGAGUCUGCCCAGGGACUGGGUGCUCGGAGCCUUUGCGAAGCGCAUGCAGCAGAUCAUGAUCCAGUGUUUCCAGGCGGCCAAGUCCAAGUUGAGCAACCGUUUGGGAUUUUUCGACUUGUUCGGCUGUGACUUUAUCAUUGACGAGGAUUUUAAGGUGUGGUUGUUGGAGGUGAACUGUAAUCCAGCUCUGCACACGGACUGUAAGGUGCUGCAGGAGGUGAUACCCAGCACAGUUCAGGAAACGCUCGAUUUAUCCUUGGAAAUCUUUGACAAGUGUUGCCGGGGAGAGAAAAUCCUUCCUCUGACCAGCCAGAAAGACUUUGUGCUGCUGUACAAUGGGCCUCUGGCUCCAGGUUCUGCACAGAUUGUCAGCAAACGUGAUCAAGUGACCAAAAAGACCCACAAGACAGAACCCCAGAGAUUUAAACCCAACACAAAAGCCGUGGGUAUUAAUGACAAUUCUGUAAAUGAAAAAUGCAACAACAGCACUUCCGCAUCUCUUCGUCCAAACCCCGUAUCAGUAGGCACGUGUUUCCACGACAGCAAGGCAAUUAAACAUGGGAAAAACAUUCAUGUAAAACUUGAUCAUUCAAAAGCUGUGAAUGAUGUGAGACAUCCAAAGACUCCAGAGAAAACAAGGACCACCGGGAAGCAGCAAGCUCCGAACGAUCGCAGCUCCAACUUUAGCGCUCCUUACUCACCGUCCAAACGUGCACCACUCAAAAGGAAUUGAGCUCAGAACCCAAGAAGAAAGAGGAACUGCGGUGCAUGGAAACAGACGUGAUAAAGCAGGCUUUGUCUGUGCUGAGGGAAAAUCUGAGCAUGAAAUAAAAAAAACAUUCCAAUUUAA